CCCAUUCCCAAACCUGACCUAGUUGCCCGGCUGGAAGCAGGGGAAGAGCCGUGGGUCCCGGAUCUCCAAGCCUCCAAGGAAAGGAAGAUCCCAAGAGACACCCACACAGGUGACAAGACACAGAGUGAGAAUGAGGAGGAGAAUCCACAGCAGGAAGGUCCUGAGCAAGUGGAAAUGCAGGGGACCAUUUUGAGAUCUGACAGUAAUUUUUCCCGAUGCUUGGAACAGAGAACAGUCUGGAGUAAUUGGCACAGGUCAGAGAGGAAGCUGGGAAGCAGCCCAAGAAAGAAAAUGGAUGAAUCCAUUGAAUGUGGGAGAGGAGGCAGUAGUCCCAAGGAAACCCCAGCCCAGCAAUUAAAUCACAAAAAAAAGAGAUCCUAUAAAUGCUUGGACUGUGGGAAGAGCUUCAAUUGGCUGUCUGGCUUUAUAAAGCAUGGGAGAAUCCACACAGGAGAGAGACCCUAUGAAUGCUUGAAGUGUAGGAAAACUUUUAGUCAGCACUCAGGCCUUGUUAGCCAUGGGAGAAUCCACACGGGAGAGCGACCCUAUAAAUGCCUUGAGUGUGGGAAAAGCUUCAGUCAGCUCUCAGGGCUUAUUUGCCAUAGGAGAAUCCACACGGGAGAGAGGCCAUAUAAAUGCUCUGAUUGUGGGAAAAGCUUCAGUGCACCGUCUGCCCUUAUUGUACAUCUGAGAAUCCACACUGGAGAGAAACCUUAUAAAUGCUUGGAGUGUGGGAAAUGUUUCAGUCAGAGCUCUGGCCUUACUAGCCAUGGGAAAAUCCACACAGGAGAGCAACCAUAUAAAUGUCUUGAGUGUGGGAAAAGUUUCAGUGACAGAUCAGCCCUUCUUAUGCAUCAGAAAACACACACGGGAGAGGAAUCUUUAAAAUGCUUGGACUGUGGGAAAAGUUUUAGUCAGCGCUCAAGCCUUAUUAAACAUGGGAGAAUCCACAAGGGAGAGAAACCCUUUACAUGUUUGAACUGUGGGAAAAGUUUCAGUGAGAGCUCAAGCCUUAUUAAGCAUGGGAGAAUCCACACGGGGGAGAAACCUUAUAAAUGCUUGGACUGUGGGAAAAGUUUCAGUCAGAGCUCUGGCCUUAUUAGUCAUGGGAAAAUCCACACAGGAGAGGGACCAUAUAAAUGCCCUGAGUGUGGGAAAAGUUUCAGUGCACCAUCAACCCUUAUUAUACAUCAGAGAACCCACACGGGGGAAAAACCUUAUAAAUGCUUGGACUGUGGGAAAAGUUUUAGUCGGACCUCAGGCCUUAUUAGCCAUGAAAGAAUCCACACCGGAGAGAAACCCUUUAAAUGCUUGGACUGUGGGAACUGUUUCAGUCAACGCUCAAGCCUUAUUAAACAUGAGAGAAUCCACACGGGAGAGAAACCCUUUAAAUGCUUGGACUGUGGGAACAGUUUCAGACAGCGCGCAAGCCUUAUUAUGCAUGGGAGAAUCCACACGGGAGAGAAACCCUUUAAAUGCUUGGACUGUGGGAAAAAUUUCAGUCAGCGCUCAAGCCUUAUUAAGCAUGGGAGAAUCCACACGAGGGAAACCCCAUAAAUGCUUGGAUGAAGGGAAAAGCUUCAGUCCCAGCUCAUAACUUCAUAAACGUCAGAGAAUCCACAUGGGACGGAAUCUAGAAAUGUUUUGACUGUGGAAAAAGUUUCAUUUGAUGAUCAAACCUUGCUUGACAUCAGACAGUCCACAUAAGAGAGAGAACCGAUAAAUGCUUGGAUUGUGGGAAAAACUUCAAUAACUGCAGAAAAAGAUUGAUGGGGAAUAAUGUGUAAGCUCAGACUGAUAAUUCACAGAAGAAAGAGAUUGAAUGUCGGGGAAGCUUCAUUUGGUGCUCACAGAGCAUCAAGCAUCAGCAAAUCCACACAGAGGAGAGCCUCUCAGAUGUCCUUAGCAUGAAAAAUGCUUAGGUGGAGCUAACACCACAUUGGACAUCAGAGACUUCUCCAUAAAGGAGAGAAAUUCUCUCAGUGCCCUGACUAGGGCUGGCCAUAGUAAAAAUUCUUGUUUCCUAAUUCCCACACACAGCAGUGGCAUUUGGCUCCCAAGUUUCCAACUGCCCAUCUCUAGGGGCAGGUUCCAGCAGCAGCUGAUCCGUGACCCUCUGGCUUUGACUGGUCUAAGCAAACCCCAGGCAGAGGAGAAGUCCCAAUCAGCCCCUCCUCCCUGCUGCAGCCCUGGCUGCUGAACUGAUGGGCCUUCCUGCCUCUUGCUAGCCUGCUGGGGGAAGGGAGAGAGAAACUGCUUGUGACACUACACCCCAUAUUUGUCAUAGUAAUAUUACUAUGAUAUUAUUAUGGCAUAAUUAUGAUGCAUUUUGUACCAGAGGGGUCAUUGGAAAAGUUCUGAUGUGCUAAAUAUGAGUAUCCUAUUUGUAUGCAUGUAUCAUUUUGGUAUUUGAAGUUAUGAAUCAUGACUCUGGCCUUGUCUACACUGGCACUUUACUGCGCUG